AGACCGAGCGGCCCGGGUUCGAGCGCCCAGCCCCUCAGCGGAUCAUGGUGCAGCAGGCGGAGACCUUGGAAGCGGAGAGCAACCUGCCCCGGGAGGCGCUGGACACGGAGGAGGGAGAAUUCAUGGCUUGCAGCCCGGUGGCCCUGGACGAGAGCGACCCAGACUGGUGCAAGACGGCGUCGGGCCAUAUAAAGCGGCCGAUGAACGCCUUCAUGGUGUGGUCCAAGAUCGAGCGCAGGAAGAUCAUGGAGCAGUCUCCGGACAUGCACAACGCCGAGAUCUCCAAGAGGCUGGGCAAGCGGUGGAAAAUGCUGAAGGACAGCGAGAAGAUCCCGUUCAUCCGGGAGGCGGAGCGGCUGCGGCUUAAGCACAUGGCCGACUACCCUGACUACAAGUACCGGCCCCGGAAAAAGCCCAAAAUGGACCCCUCAGCCAAGCCCAGCGCGAGCCAGAGCCCGGAGAAGAGCGCGGCUGGCGGCGGCGGCGCAGGCGGCGGUGCGGGCGGCGCCAAGACCUCCAAGGGCUCGAGUAAGAAAUGCAGCAAGCUCAAGGCCCCCGCGGCCUCCGGCGCCAAGCCUGGCGCGGGCAAGGCGGCCCAGCCUGGGGACUACGGCGGCGCGGGCGACGACUACGUGCUCGGCAGCCUGCGCGUGAGCGGCGCGGGCGGCGGCGGCGCGGGCAAGACGGUCAAGUGCGUCUUUCUAGACGAAGACGACGAGGACGACGACGACGACGACGAACUGCAGCUGCAGAUCAAGCAAGAGCCAGGCGAGGAGGACGAAGAGCCGCCGCACCAGCAGCUUUUGCAACCUCCGGGCCAGCAGCCUUCGCAGCUGUUGAGACGCUACAACGUCGCCAAGGUGCCCGCCAGCCCCACGCUGAGCAGUUCGGCCGAGUCCCCGGAGGGCGCGAGCCUCUACGACGAGGUGCGGGCCGGCGCGACCUCGGGCGGCGGCGGCGGCAGCCGUCUCUACUACAGCUUCAAGAACAUCACCAAGCAGCACCCGCCGCCGCUCGCGCAGCCUGCGCUGUCGCCCGCGUCCUCGCGCUCUGUCUCCACCUCCUCCUCUUCGUCGUCCAGCAGCAGCAGCGGCAGCAGCAGCAGCAGCAGCGGCGGCGAGGACGCCGACGACCUGAUGUUCGACCUGAGCUUGAAUUUCUCCCAAAGCGCUCACAGCGCCAGCGAUCAGCAGCUGGGGGCCGGCGCAGCGGCCGGGAACCUGUCCCUGUCGCUGGUGGAUAAGGAUUUGGAUUCGUUCAGCGAGGGCAGCCUGGGCUCCCACUUCGAGUUCCCCGACUACUGCACGCCGGAGCUGAGCGAGAUGAUCGCUGGGGACUGGCUGGAGGCGAACUUCUCCGACCUGGUGUUCACGUAUUGAAAGGGGCGCCCCGCUUCUCGCUCUUUCUCUCGGCGGGUGCAGAGCAGGGUUCCUUGGGAGGAAGUCGUGGUGGUCAUGAUCGAUAAGGGUGUUGAUGGUGGUGGUAGGGUGGAGGGGAGAGAAGAUGCUGAUGAUAUUUGAUAAGAUGUCGUGACGCAAAGAAAUUGGAAAAGAUGAUGAAAAUGUUGGUGGAGUUAAAGUGAAAUGAGUAGUUUUUAAACAUUUUUCUUGUCCUUUUUUUGUCCCCCCCUCCCUUCCUUUAUCGUAUCUCAAGGUAGUUGCAUACCUAGUCUGGAGUUGUGAUUUUUUUUUCCCCCCCCUCAAAAAUGUGUUUUUGUAAUUACUAUUUCUUUUUCCUGAAAUUCGUGAUUGCAACAAAGGCGGAGGGGGCGGGGCGGGGAGGGGAGGCAGAGCCCGCUCCGGAAGGCGCUGUUUGAAGCUUGUCGGUCUUUGAAGUCUGGAAGACGCCCGCAGAGGACCCUUUUGGCAGCACAACUGUUACUCUAGGGAGUUGGUGGAGAUUUUUUUUUCUUAAGAGAUCUUAAAGAACUGGUGAUUUUUUUUUUUUUAACAAAAAAAGGGACCAUUGCAACUUUUUAAUUUAAUUUUAUUUUUUUGGAGGGAGAAAACUGAUGUCUUCUAUGCAUCCGAUUCUUAACAAAAACUGCAGGGAGCUUGAAAAAAUGCAGACUGUACAAACGCUUACAAAAAAAAACUGUGAACUGACUUAAGAUCAGAGUUUACUUUUCAGAUCAAAUUGUUUAUGGUUUUACAAAUGUGAUUUCUACUUGCCAACUUUUUUUUUGUAACUCGUUCCCUUAUACCUCCUUGAUUGAAUACCAGACAGCCUAGACCUCAGUACAAAAGGUAUUGAAACAUUUUUGAUACAUAACAGACCUCAGUCUUUUUUAAAAAUUAAUAUAUUUUCAGGCGUAUUUUUGUACAGUGAAAAGGGAACAUUCUUGCUGUGUUUUUUCAGUAAGACUUUCAGGCACUUCUUCCCUUUUGAUUUCUUUUUUUUCCUCUGUUUUAGCAUGCAAGUAUGUUGGUACGUUAUGUCCUGGUUUAAAAAGGAUUAAAAUUUUAAAAUAAUCCUUGCAUCUAAAGGCCUUGUGGUUUAAAAAAAAAAGCAAACUUUUUUUUGUACAGCUAUAGUAGAGAUUUGUUCAAUAUUUGUAGGUAAAGAUUUAUUGAAAAUGGUGAUAUAGACCUCAGAGCUGUUAUCUUAGUUUAAAGACUGUAUAUGUACUAUACUAUAUGUUAGGACUAUAUGUAUCUCAUACGCUGUGAUGUGGAUGGGGCCCCAGAUGGAAGGUUUGAAACUGGAUUCUCGAUUUUUAGCAAAAAAGGAAAAAAAGGCACAUAGUUUAAAAAGUUUCUCAUUUUGUGCAAUAUAAUCUAAAUAAAGUACAGACCAUCUGCAUACUUUGUAGCAAAUGGUGGCAAAGCAGACUCAAUGCACUGUCGACAUCACUGCCUGUUUUUUUUAUUUUUUCUUUCUUUUUUUUGUGCUGGAAGUCUGUAUCUUGACAAUUUUAAUAAAUCAGCUGGAACUGAUAGAAACUUGCAUGGCCAAUAGUCUCUCUAGAAGUCAAACUGGAGGUCCUGUGUCGCAGCGCAUUCGGUCUUGAGGCCGUUGUGUGCGUGGUGGGGGCGGCGGACGGGAAUCCUACAUUUUCGGGGGGUUAAAGCUCAGUGGCAGUGAGAGGUGCUCAGUUGACAGGCAGGUUUCUUUUUCCUCCUUCUCUCGCUAGUUGUGAAAGACUAGCGUAGAGUAUUCUUUCUCUCUGCCUUCCCUGCCCAUCCUCCCCCCAUUUCCUUUCUCACCUCAUCUCCCCACACCCCCGAGCGGGCGGGCUGCGCCGAGAGGCCCUGGGAGGUGGCCGGGAAGGGGCGGCCAGCUCUCGCGGUCGGGGUCCUGCGCUCGCCGGGGCCGUGCUUUGCUGUGACAGCCUCCCAGAGCAGGGAGCACUCCCGUCCGCGCCUCUCCUCAGCGGGUGGGGACAGCCGUUUCCAAUUUUGAAUGUUUUCCCUCUAAUUAUUUUCCUUUUUUUUUUUUUUUGGUUUUGUUUUGGUUUUUUGUUGUUGUUUUUAACGCUGCAUCUUCGCGAGUUCGCAGAGGUAGAUGCUAGGAGAAAAGCGGCUCCAGUUUUUGACCUGUAGCGGUGAUGGGGAAAAGAGAGGGAGGACAGGGGAGACGUCGGUGUCUGUACACUUCCUCGUCCGCCGGGGCUGUGGAACUCGGAGAACUCAGCCGGCAGAGGGAUGGGGGACGGCGCCGGGCCAGAGGAGCGCUGGGCGCAGCGGGACGGAGGCUGGCCUAGGGCGGCCAGAGGAACACGCACGGCCACCGUGCGAUCCGAGACGUGGCCUCCAGGUUGCCAAAGCAGGCCGCGCCAUCGGUUGUGGGGCGUAGGCACACGGGUGGCCGAGGCAGAGACCCUCCUCCCCGCGCCUGGCUUUCCUGGCCGCGCCAUCUAGUACGUCUGGGCACACCAGGCCCUGGAGACGCGGGACGGGCAGGGAGCUUCAGAGUGGGUGGAAGAAAGCAAAUCCCGGGGGGAGGUGGCUGUCGCACCCGCGCCCCACAGGCCCUCCCGGGGCCCUCGGCGCGCGCCAGCUCGGGGCUGCCCCGGAACCAGCCUCCCGGCGAGCGGCGGCCACCGGGGCGGUUGCGCAUCUUGAUUGUUCUGCCUCCUUGGGGCUCCGGCUGCGGCGCGGGCGCGACUCCUCGGCGCUCUCCGCCCAGUGGGGACCGUUUGUCCGUCCACGCCCCAUUUUUCCAGCUCCAGCCUGUGUCCCCGAGCCCUCGCGGCAGGCCCUGGCUGCGGGCGCGCUCCCUCCUUCAGUGUCUUCACCGCCUUUUCCCGGGGGGCCGGGUGGAGGGAGGCUGGUGGGGCUGCAGCGCCGCGAUGCAGGAGUGUUCAGUGGCUAAUUGAAACUCGGUGCAAAAUUGCAAGGGCUUUUUUUUACCUACUGAAAUGGUUUACCAAGGCUGGGCCUUCCUUUUUUACUGAGAUUUUGGCGAGAGCAACGCCAGAGUCCACACGGUAACACGAGCAGCUAGGCCAAGCGGCCCCCGCCCGCCCUUCUUCGCCUCUCCCCGCCCCCUCUCCUGAGCUUGGGCUCCCCGCCCCUCCCCCUCCAGCGAGCCUGCACCCCCGCCCCCACCCCUGGAUGCGCAGCCAGCUCGCUUCUGCUGCAGGAGCACAGAUUUCCUCCCUGCGGCUUCUUUCGAUGAACCGUCAGAUUUCAGGAGUACACUUGGGAAAAGGGCUGAUGGCGUUAACCAGGUUCUCAAUAUAGAACUGGAUUUCUGGAGCUGUUGACUCCCCUCAUCCCCGGGAUAGACUAAUGUAGCCAUUGGUCGGACAUAUAUUUUAGCCACGAAUAAUUGAACCAGCGGUUUACAUUGACAGUUUUUCUGUGCUGGUAAUUUUACGUGGCGGCCCUCUACUGCGGUUUUAAAACUUGUUGAGAACACAAACCCAUUUUAUUAAGGCUGAUUCUAUGUACUUCGAAAACCCGAAAACGUUGCAUGUAUUUUAUGUUUUAAUUAUAGAUGAACCUUGGACAUUUUCUGUGGUAAGGUAGCAAUUUUAAGUAAAUUAGUAAUUGGCGUCAGAAUGGAAAAGAGAUAGUCGUGGAGUUAAAACAACAAAAAAAAGCCAUUUGGCCUAACUUCUUGAUAGAACUAAGAGAAAAGCAGUUGGUUGGCGAUCUGAAUUGAAAACCUGGUAGAACUCAGGUCAGGCGCUUAAAUGUGCUUUUUAACCAUAUUUAAGGCUGUUUUGACGAAUGCAUUGUGAAAAUCAUUCUUAAUGAAUUCUUUAUUGAAUGUCUAAAACAUAGUAUAAUACACAAGAUAUUCUUGCCACUGGAUAGUCUUCAAUAAAAGUUUGAUUUUUUUUCGAUCUCUUAAAUAAGUCUUAUUUUUAGCUAAGCAUUGAGAGAAUAUCUUAAAAUGGUAACAGGGGGGUGGGGGUGGGUGGUGUGUGCACAGCAGCCUAGACAGAGGGGAUCCUGCUGUUUAUAACUAGUUCACAGACUCUGAUGGCAUUUUAGUAAGAUUUACAUCUUUUAAGAACUUGAACCAGCAUUCUCUUAUUAAUCCUUUAAAUUGUGGAAAUAAUUUCCAGUUCUUACACUCUGAUGCAUCCUUUUUAUUAAAAUAAAUGCUAAUAAAAGGCAGUGUACUUAAACUGUGCUUUGCAAAUAUUAUGUAUGUUAUGAAUGGCUACAGACAGUGGGCAAGUUAUUUGUAGAAUGAUUAUCCUUUAGCUAGGAAAAAAAAUCAUUACAACUCUUGGGCUGAGAUGUUUCUUUUUAAUGUUAAUCAAGGGGAAGUGAUUUAAAUAUGCAUGCAUAUAGCAGUCAGGACGAUUUAGUUGUUUUUUUCUUGAAAGAAAAAGACUCAAAAGGCAAGACUUAUUUUUCUCUUCUCUGGGAAUUGAAACCAUAAUCAUCUGUUACUGGGAUAGUACAAGAAAUUUACAUUUGUUUUUCACUUCAGAAUCUAAAUGGCUUGCCCAAGGAAUCUGAGAAAUGAAACAAAUAAGUUGCUCUAUUUUAAAGUAGUCAUUCAGUAUAAAUAUAUUAUAUCGAUCUUAACUUUUUUAUUCUCUGAUAUGAUUAAUAGUAUGUAUAUUCUUACUUUUCUUCUAAUGGGCAUAUGUAUCCUUGUGGACACUUUGGAGAGAGGUUUUCUUAGACUCUCCCAUUUAUAGAAUCUUUAUACUCUUUUACUGUGUGGUUCACUGCUUUUAACAGAUUUCUGAGGCAAAUAUAUUUGUGCUUUUUUCUUAUGUAGGAAGACCAGUGAAAUAGUUUUACUGAGUUGUCAAUUUUAUCAGUAGAUAAGAAACUUUCUUUAUUACAGUUUCAGGGAAGAUUUUUUCAGGAUAUUUCUCAGUUAUUCUAAGGGCCAAAUUUUGUAAAAUUUCCAUAAGGAAUGUCAGUUUCCAAUACCCUUUGUAUAGCCUAAGCCUGUGAGGUUAACAAGAAUGAGCCUUACUUGUCCUUACACAGGAAUUUACAAGUUCCCAAAGUAACCGUCUCCAUGUAACUCUUGACUUGCUUUUCUGCGAUUUGGCUUUUAUUUUUAUUAUUGGUUCUUUUUCACUGUUCAUUCUAUUUACUUUUGACCACAUCCUCUUUCAUUUGGUUAUCUGGAAAAUUCUGCUCUUUGAUAACAGCUCAGGUUUUUUUUUUUUUUUUUUUUUACCUUAAUGUUUUGUUUGGGGUUUUGCCCCUUUCUGUGGAGCCUGCAUUUUCAACCACAAUAAAGAUUAAACAAAAUUUAUGAAACUGAGCUUUCUUCCAUUUUACUCAUUGCUGGCUUAUUUUCUCCCAUCUUACCAUAUCUUUUUUUUUUAAUUGUAUUUUUUUAACACUACCUAUAUCCAUUAGCUGCCUAAUUAGUUUUUAUCUGUUCCAUGUGGAUGCAGUGAGUUUAUAAGAGAAUUUCACAAACAAGUAGUUUUUUAGUGAACUUAAAAUAAACAGAAUUUUAAAGGAGACCUAUUUUUAUACUCAAUAAAAGCACAAAAGUGCAGAAAGUAUAAAAUGGCUUACAAAGGGAAACAUACGUUCAUAAUGUUCCAUGUAUAAAAGUAAUAAUUUUAUUGGGGAGAGAUAUUCUUCAAGAUCAGUACCUCUGCCAGUGCACAGAUAGGACUGUUUUAAAGGAAUUGGGAACUUCUGGUUGCCUUCAGUUGCAAACAGACUUCUCCAUGGAGAAACAAACCACUACAAGCAAUAUGGUACAGCAGAGGUGUGGUUUCCAAUGACCAAUUGGUGAAUUAAAGCAACCUGGAUGUGCAUCUGUGGAGGCUCCGGCUCACUGUUUGAUCAAACUUCCUUUAUGUAGUCAUGUAGACUUGAUUUUCUCUGCUGUGAAACAUGACAAAGUAAAGCAAUAUGACACAAAUCUUAAAAAAUGCAUACAAGAUAGGAUUUCCUCUAGGCUCCUCCUAGAUUUUUUUAAACUAUGACAAUGUUAUUUUCUUAGAUACGUUGCGUUCCUCCUUCAAGAAAGGAACAACUGGAAAUAAUACACUAUAUAAGGAAUUUUGAUCAAAUAGAUAACGACAAAGGGCCCUCUGUCACGUUUUUUCUUCAUCUAGCUUUUGUUCAAAACCAGUAGGCCUCCUCCCUUGAAUCGCGUGGGGGGCAACGUUAGACGCCACUCAUUCCUUCCUUAUUUUGUCUACUUUUACUCUUGUACAUAUGUUGUGAGGUUAAGAGUCUUUUGCAUUUGUUCCGUGACACCUUUUUUUGAAUGGACUGUUUUAAAACGGAGGCCUCUUAUUUCCAGGGUAGGACUCCUGGUGGUUAUGGCAUCCCACAAUGCUUCGUGAUGGCCACAAGGACAGAACCACCUGAUGUUUUAGAGCAGUUUUCAGCAUGACACUGUUAGCAAGGGUGUAUUUUCGGAGGCCACAUGAAACUUACUUUCUUAGCCACUCCAGGUUGGGGAGCAGAAAAGCUGAAAAACCCUUUUGUGUAGAAGUCUGAGUGGUUUGUGGGGGGGACCGUUUUUUAGAGUUUGCAUGCCAGCGCACUGAGCUAUCGCUGUAACACAGAGAGAGGGGAAAGCUACCUGCCGCGGUGUGCUGGAGGAUGAGGUGUUUGAUGGGGAAGAAAAUGCAUGGCAAAGUUUUGUCUUCAGUAGACUAUCUAGCAUGCAGAGUUUAGUGUGUUGAAACGGUGUAUGACAUUGCUGUAUCAAAGUUGUAAAAUUAAGCAUUAUUUAUUGAAAACUAUGUAUUUUUUUGUAAAAACCUGAUCACAUAGAAAAUAUCAGUGGCUUGUGCUUGUGCUUCAAUGGAACCAGCUUCUUGCCCCACCCUCCUUGGUAUGCAGUGUUAACGCUCAGGGUUGAAAAUAGUACACUCCAAUGUCUCUUUUGCAAGAGUUUUUCACAGAGGAAUACAUUUGUUCAAAAGACUCUAAUAAAAUUGUGUGAUCAAUCUUCA